AUGGUAUAUUCCCAGAGAGGAAGUCCCCAAUCCCGGCGCCUGCUGCUCUGGCUUCUCCUCGCCGCAUGGGAGGCUGGGAGCGGCCAGCUCCACUACUCUGUCCCGGAGGAGGCCAAACACGGCACCUUCGUGGGCCGCAUCACGCAGGAUCUGGGGCUGGAACUGGUGGAACUAGUGCCGCGCCUGUUCCGGGUGGCGUCCAAGGACCGCGGGGACCUUCUGGAGGUGAAUCUGCAGAAUGGCAUUUUGUUUGUGAAUUCUCGGAUCGACCGGGAGGAGCUGUGCGGGCGGAGCGCGGAGUGCAGCAUCCACCUGGAGGUGAUCGUGGACAGGCCGCUGCAGGUUUUCCAUGUGGAGGUGGAGGUGAAGGACAUUAAUGAUAAUCCUCCCAGGUUCUCCCGAGAAGAACAAAAAUUAUUCAUUUUAGAAUCAAGAAUGCCAGAUUCGCGGUUUCCUGUAGAGGGCGCAUCUGACUUGGAUAUGGGAGCAAAUGCAGAAUUAAGAUAUAAAUUAAAUCCUAAUGAAUAUUUUGACUUGGAUGUUAAAACAAAUAAAGAAAAAACGAAAUUUUUAGAGCUAGUUUUGAAGAAAUCCUUAGAUAGGGAAGAAACCGAAGAACAUCGUCUAUUACUGAUUGCAAUUGACGGAGGAAAACCCGAACUAACAGGUACAGUUCAGUUGUUCAUCAAUGUAUUGGAUGCGAAUGAUAACGCCCCGGAAUUUGAUAAAUCUAUUUAUAAUGUGAGACUGUUGGAAAAUACACCGAGCGGGACAUUAGUUAUUAAACUGAACGCCUCAGAUGCAGAUGAGGGCAUUAAUAAGGAAAUAGUGUAUUUCUUUAGUAAUCUUGUUUCUGACGAUGUAAAAUCUAAAUUUAUAAUCAAUUCUAAUAGUGGUGAAAUAAAAGUUAAGGGAGAACUGGAUUACGAAGACUGUAACUUAUAUGAAAUUAAUAUUGAUGCAGUGGAUAGAAGUGCAUUCCCAUUAACAGGGCACUGCAAAGUAAUAGUGAAACUCCUGGAUGUGAAUGAUAAUAUCCCAGAGAUGGCUAUAACCUCCCUUUUUCUGCCUGUCAAAGAGGAUGCUCCAACAAGCACCGUCAUCGCCCUGAUCAGCGUGUCUGACCUUGACUCUGGAGCCAACGGACAGGUCACCUGCUCCCUAACGGCCCACGUGCCCUUCAAGCUGGUGUCCACCUUCAAGAAUUACUAUUCCCUGGUGCUGGACGGUGCCCUGGACCGCGAGAACAUAUCUGACUAUGAGCUGGUGGUGACCGCCCGGGACGGCGGCUCGCCUUCGCUGUGGGCCACAGCCAGCGUGUCCGUGGAGGUGGCCGACGUGAACGACAACGCGCCGGCCUUCGCGCAGCCCGAGUACACGGUGUUCGUGAAGGAGAACAACCCGCCAGGCUGCCACAUCUUCACGGUGUCGGCGCGGGACGCGGACGCGCAGGAGAACGCGCAGGUGUCGUACUCGCUGGUGGAGCGGCGGGUGGGCGAGCGUGCGCUGUCGAGCUACGUGUCGGUGCACGCGGAGAGCGGCAAGGUGUACGCGCUGCAGCCGCUGGACCACGAGGAGCUGGAGCUGCUGCGGUUCCAGGUGAGCGCGCGCGACGCGGGCGUGCCACCUCUGGGCAGCAACGUGACGCUGCAGGUGUUCGUGCUAGAUGAGAACGACAACGCACCAGCGCUGCUGGGGUCUCGGGGUGGCAACGGCGUUGGCUUAGUGAACGAGCUAGUGCCCCGGUCUGUGGGGGCGGGCCACGUGGUGGCGAAGGUGCGCGCGGUGGACGCGGACUCUGGCUACAACGCGUGGCUUUCAUAUCAGCUGCAACCGGCGGCUGGCGGUGCUCGCAACCUGUUCCGCGUGGGGCUGUACACGGGCGAGAUCAGCACCACGCGCGCCCUGGACGAGGCGGACGCGUCGCGCCAGCGUCUGCUUGUGCUGGUGAAGGACCACGGGGAACCUGCGCUGACCGCCACGGCCACUGUGCUGGUAUCCCUGGUGGACAGCGGCCAGGUGCCCAAGGCCUCGUCUCGGGCAUUGGCAGGCGCUGCAAGCCAGGAGAUGACACUGGUGGAUGUUAACGUGUACCUGAUUGUCGCCAUCUGUGCGGUGUCCAGUUUGUUGGUCCUCACGCUGCUGCUGUACAGUGCGCUGCGGUGCUCGGCGCCGCCCACCGAGGGCGAAUGUGGGCCCGGCCAGCCCAGGCUGGUGUGCUCCAGCGCGGUGGGGAGCUGUUCUUACUCAAAACAGAAGCAGCAGAGGGUGUGCUCUGGGGACAGUCAGCCUAAGACCGACCUCAUGGCUUUCAGCCCCAGCCUUCCUCAAGGUCCCACCGCCACAGACACUGUAAGUCUCAAAAGUCUUAUUGACACCAAUAUUUCCUCCUAA